AUGCUGCGCCGGCUGCGGGGCUUCGUGCUGUCCGAGGCGGCCUGCGGGGACGCCGAGCCGCCCGCGUGCUACGAGACGCUCUUCCGGACGCUGGACCGCAACGGGGACGGCGUGGUGGACAUCGGCGAGCUGCAGCAGGGCCUCGCGAGCCUGGGCCUCCCCCUGGGCCCCGACGCCGAGGAGAAAAUUUUUACUACUGGAGAUACCAACAAAGAUGGAAAGCUGGAUUUUGAGGAAUUUAUGAAAUACCUUAAAGACCAUGAAAAGAAAAUGAAGUUGGCAUUUAAGAGUCUGGACAAAAAUAAUGACGGAAAAAUCGAGCCUGCAGAGAUCGUCCAGUCUCUGGAGAUGCUGGGGCUUACUAUUUCUGAAAAGCAAGCAGAGCUGAUUCUACAAAGCAUCGAUGCUGAUGGGACAAUGACAGUGGACUGGAAUGAGUGGAGGGACUACUUCUUAUUCAAUCCCGUGACAGACAUCGAGGAAAUUGUCCGUUUCUGGAAGCAUUCUACGGGUAUUGACAUAGGGGAUAGUUUAACCAUUCCGGAUGAAUUCACAGAAGAUGAGAAAAGGUCAGGCCAGUGGUGGAGGCAGCUUUUGGCAGGAGGUGUUGCUGGUGCGGUUUCCAGAACCAGCACGGCCCCUUUGGACCGCCUGAAGGUCAUGAUGCAGGUUCAUGGUUCAAAGUCAAUGAACUUAUUUGGGGGCUUUCAGCAGAUGAUAAGAGAAGGCGGCAUCUGUUCCCUUUGGAGAGGAAAUGGUACAAAUGUUAUUAAAAUCGCUCCUGAGACAGCUGUUAAGUUCUGGUCAUAUGAACAGUACAAGAAGUUGCUUACUGAGGAAGGACAAAAAAUAGGAACCUUUGAGAGAUUUCUUUCUGGUUCUAUGGCUGGAGCAACUGCACAGACCUUUAUUUACCCCAUGGAGGUUUUGAAAACCAGACUGGCUGUAGCCAAAACUGGUCAAUACUCAGGAAUAUAUGGCUGUGCUAAGAAGAUUUUAAAGCAUGAAGGCUUUGGAGCUUUUUACAAAGGCUACGUGCCUAACUUAUUGGGCAUCAUACCUUACGCAGGCAUAGAUCUUGCUGUGUAUGAGCUCCUGAAGACCUACUGGCUGGAUAAUUUUGCAAAAGACUCUGCCAACCCCGGCGUCAUGGUGCUGCUGGGCUGUGGUGCCUUAUCCAGCACCUGUGGGCAGCUGGCCAGCUACCCGCUGGCGUUGGUGAGGACGCGCAUGCAGGCUCAGGCCAUGGUAGAAGGAGCCCCACAGCUGAACAUGGUUGGCCUUUUUCAACGCAUAGUUUCCAAAGAAGGGAUAUCAGGACUUUACAGAGGCAUCACUCCGAACUUUAUGAAGGUGCUUCCUGCCGUCGGCAUCAGUUACGUGGUGUAUGAACAUAUGAAACAGACAUUAGGGGUAACCCAGAAAUGACACGUUGACCUCCUUGAUUUAGCAUGAUGAUUGAGCAUUUCAGCGUCUUCUGCAGUGACUUCUAGAACUGCAAUAAGUCUAUGGCAAAAGAAGCUGCAUUUCCCCCCUCCCCCAAACAGGAAGAGCACACCAGUGAUCAUUUUAAAUAUCCGGGCUCAGUUUUAUCUGCAAUGUUAAAAAAAAAUCACAGUUUUAAUAAGUUUAUAAGAGGCUACAAAAUUGUACUGAUCAGUCCUUCUGCAGGUCUGGGCCCUUCAGUUCUAAACCUGAAAAUGUACUUGCUUGAAUUAAAUUUGUUUUGUGUGUUAGUA